GUCUUUUAUUUAACUGAAGCUGAAUGUGAUGCACAUGAAAAUAUUUACAAUAAAAGCUAGUAAAUCAAUUCACGGAGUUUAUAUUUAUUGAGGUAUACAAAAUCUGUCUAUAAUUACUUCACACCAUUGGACAAUAAAUCAAAUGGCAUAGUUAUAAAUGUUUAUCUCUUGGCUGAAUGAAAGACCAUCUUGAUGAGAAUUUUCUGUCUUUGUAUAAAAAGUAUAUAAUCUUAAAAAAAAUCCGUUAAAAGAAGUGGUUUAACUGAUUAAUUAAAUGAAAAGCCUUGCUAUGUUUGUUAUUUUGAUAGUCAUUCACAUUGCCCAUACAUUUGUUUUAUAGUAUGCUUUUUUAACAUUUAAGUUUUUUUGCAGAUAUUGAAACAAUGUAUUGCGGGUUUUAUAUUGCGCAAUCUCCGAAAUGCCCCUUCGUCUGUCCCGUAAGGGAUCAGAUCAUGAGUGUAAACAUAAUUUCAGUAACAAUACCUGUCAAUGAAUUAUGAUUUGUAACUAGAAAAUUUAAAAUCGGCGGACACUUCUAUAAACCGUGUCAUAUCAUAUUGAAUAAUAUUUGUGUUGUAUAUAGGAUUAUAUGGCAUGGUAAAAUUGUUUAGAAAUAAACUCUAUUUAAAAGGCUUCUUAAGACUUAAUGGGUUUCAUAGUCACGUAGAGUUUUUAUCUCUUUCAUUUGUACACGUUACUUUUGAUCGAAUGGACGGAGAUUUCCGCGAAAAUUAUAUAUAUAUAUAUAACAAAUAUCAUAUGAUGCGAUAAACAGUUUGGAAAGCCAGAUUGCGUCGGGUUAUUCUGUUUCACAACGUUAUCUUGAGCUAUAAAUUACAUCCUGUCGUCAAACGAUUAUACCAGUUGCAAAUGUGUCAAUUGAAUGGAAGAACCACUGCUGUUGUCCCACAUGUGAUGCGUUCAUCCGUCAUGUAAGAAAACAUAUACAGAAUGGAAGACCAUACUCAUUUAGAUGAUGCAGCAACCUUUAUUCAAGAAGGAAGAGCACUGCGUCGUAUUUGUAAAGGUACACGAUCAGAAGAACCUGUAUUUAGCAACAUAUUUACUUGGAUCAGUCACGAGCUGUUCAAUGACAUAGAAGUGAUGCCUAUCGCUCUUAGACAUGCGAUACAAAAACACAUUUUUAAAAAACGAAGAGACAUAAUGGAUAUACUUCUAACGUUAUUGACUGAUCCUGCGAACACCGCGAAAAAGCUCAAAGAGCAUACAAAAAAACUGUCAAAUCAAAUCAUCGACCCCACACACGAUGCAGAGAAUUGUAUAAUAUAUUUGUAUUGCCUAGCUACAUUUCUUGACGUUAAUAUCUACGUUCUGACACUUGAAGACUCAGAGUUCAAAUGGCAUGAAUUUAAGUCCCUGAAAUUACUAAGCAUAGAGCAAGAAAUAAAGUACCAAAAUAUAACUCGUAGUUUCCAAUUUGAAAGAGUUGGACACCCCGGAUUUCUUAUGAGUUAUUUCCACAUGGAAUCUAAAAACGAUAUGAAUAUCUACCCAAUAAGUCCCGCAGUCGAAAAGCCUGAAGAACCACAUUGCAUAGGACUUUUGGAGCAGCAUGCACGGCAGUUGAAACGCACGCAACUAGAUGAUAUCACGAUUCCAGCCUCAUUGGCGGCAGAUGUUCAUAGAAAUGCAGCAAAGCUCCCUCUUGUAGAACGUCUCCGUUAUUGGAUUGAAGAAUAUUGCCAAGCAACCGACUCUGGGCCUUUUGGACAAAAGACAAUUGAGAUAACAGAACCCAGCCAUCGGUACACAACGCCGUGUUCAAUCGAUAAAUGUCAUGAGGAGUUCGUAAAGCAUUUGUCCCGCAGUGACAGGGAUCAUGUUUUGGUAUUUUGUCGGAUUCUUGUCAGGCGUUGUGAAUUUACUAUACUGCGUGAGCUGUGUGCCAAUUUCGACCAUUUCGAUAUGCCAAUCAGACGUAAAUACGACGCGUUAAACAGAUUGGAGAAAGCGCAAAGACAGUUCAAUAAUGCGUUAGAAAUCGGAUCAUGUCCUACUGAAUUGCAUGAACGGAGAAGGAGAGUCAACUCAGCAGUCAUUGGAACAUCAAUAACUGGCCUAGUAGGGGGUGUACUUGGUAUUGUUGGCCUGAUACUUAUUCCAUUCACACUUGGUGCAUCACUAGGUCUUACUAUAACGGGUGGUGUGAUAGGUGGCGCAAGCAGCAUUGUUCAAGGUGGAUUCCGCGUCCAUGAAGCAGUGCAGCAAAACUGCUCGCUUAGUGAAAUAAAGGAAGGGCUAGAAAAAGUACAAGAAGAACUCCAGCAAGCGCUUACAGACUUCGCAAGUCAAUUUGAUUCACAUGCAUUUGGAGACAGAGGUCCUGAAAGUCCUGGUUGGAGUAUUAAAGGUACUAUGACAUUUGGAUCGGUUUUUCGCGUAGCUCAUAGCAUUGCAGGGAUCAUUCUUGCUGCGGUAAAAGUUGGAGCAACACUUGCAACUGUGAUCGCAUCUAUAUUUGGACCUAUUAGCGUCCUACUCGAUGGAAGCUUUUUGGUAGAAGCAAUUUACGACAAAAUUACCGGUGAUCACACUCAGGCAGGAAAGAAACUUGAAUGUUUGCGAGCCUUUCAGACCGUUCUUCAGACAACAUUUAGGGGAAAUGAAGACUUCAGCAUUUGCAUUGUAGAAAACACCAUGCAGACAAAAUAAGAAGGCACUAUACAAUUACGUGUCAAUAGUUUAAAUCUCGUUAAUCAAUCAUUUUUUUGUCUCACAUAUUGUCCGUUGCUCAUCUCGUAUUAACAUUCCGCAUAUUCAACACAUUGUAUAUGCACGUACUUUUUAUUUUAUUGAUAUUUAUAUCAUAUAUGUCCAUCUAUCUCAUUCAUUGUGGGUGCCAUUAAACUAUAAUUCAAACAAAUUACAAGCGAUGUAUUGACAAGUGAACUCUAUUGCCACCGCAUGUUACCAUAAAUUUGAAAGAGUACCAUUCACAAAAUGUCGCGAAUAAAACAAGUUAAAACACAGAUCCACUCUCACUUAAAUGGUGAAAAUGAUUGAAAAAAAUGCUUAUGUCAUGCUCGUUUUUUGUGUUCUUAACAAUAAAUUCCAUGUGAAUUUCCGGCUACGAUAUCCAAACAUUUACGAGCGAAUGCGAGAUUUGCUUCGGGCAGCUUUGGAAGCACGACGUACUUUUCAUGAAUUUGUUGUUUUUCCGACGCUGUCCGAAGCCUGUCUCGCCUUCGCUCGAAAAUGUUCAGAUAUCGUGGCGGGAAAUUAACAUGGAAUAUAUUGUCGCACAAAAAUAAACGAGCAUUUUGUAUCUCUCUAAACAUAGGUUAUAAUACCAGCGUUGAAAUUUUGGCUAUUGCUAUAAGGAACUCUUGAUUUUUUAUGGGUUAACUUUAUUUUACGAAAUAUGUUGCGAAAUAUUCGCUGAUUUUGAGAAUUAAUGUUACUUUUAGCGAAUACCAAAUACACUUGGAAACUUUUCUAACGCAACACUUUUCAAAUUUGAACAUCUCAGUCAUGAGUUAAGAUUUUGAUAUAAAAUUGCACAUGUGAUCAUUUGACUAUAUUCUGUGCAAGAUAUAACGAUACAACCAUUCAUCCGUGACAAUCGGGCGCGUUUGCACUUGGGGUAGGUGUGGUUUCAUCGUUUUGCACAUGACAAUGGUGAAACACGAUAUGAUUCUAAUUUUAUUUCAAUUUCUUUAUUUUAGGCGGGUUGAUACACCAGGAAAAAAUAACAUUAAUUUAAAAUCAAUAUGUCUCGUAUAAAAUUUCAGGAGCGCAACUGCGCAAUCGGCAUGUUGCAGGCAACCUUCCCGACUUGCCGAAGCAUCCAAUCGUCACGGAUGAAUGAUUUUAUCGUGUGCUUGCACAUACUGUAGUCAAAUGAUCACAUGUAUAAUUUUAAAUAAAAAUAUAUACUCAUAACUGAGAUAUUUAAGUUUGAAAAAUUCUGCGUCCGAAAGGUUACCAAGUGUAGUACAACGUUAUAUAAUUCCAAUUUAAUUUCAAUUUCAUCAUUCUCGGCGGGUUUUAACACCAGGAAAACAUAACAUUAAUAAGAAAAACAAUAUAAAUAUUCAUGAGCGCAAUGUUGCAAGCCGGUCGGUCAUUAAGACGUGUAAGUUAGUGCGUUUUACUUUUCACAUUAUUAUUUUACGAUAUACGAUGUUGAGAAUUUUACUUUUUAUUUGUGAGCGAAGCUCACAAAUAAUGCAGACGCAAUUUUGCAAAUCAGUAUGGAUCAGUAUGGGCUUAGCUAUGGCAGGAACCAUAACCCGUGACUGCCUGUGUGGAUAACUCCAGUUAACUUUAGCAGACGAUGAAUGAUAAAAGCGUCUGCUUUAAUCACCGCAUCUACCUAUUCUCACUGGUACAGUACAUAAAGUGUAUUAAACAACAUGUAAGAGAACGUUGGCCAGUCUAGUGUUUAUCAUUGAAAUCUGUACAUAUUGGCUGCUUUCAGGGAAAAUGGGGCUUAAUGCAAGUCAAAUAAGAUUAGCCUGUGCACACUGAUUAGCUGUAUCAAUGAUUUGAGAAAAAAAACGAACAUCUCAGCCUGUGUUUUAAGACACACUCUUUAUAAAUUUCAAUGGGUUGUGAUCAUUUCAAACUUGCGAUAUAAAAAGCUAUACCAUAAUUUUGAAAACUGAAUUGCGUCUAAGAUAAUAAAACAGCGAACAAAUUCAGUGCCUUCAGCGCUUUGAUUCAUUGAUGUUUUCAAUUUCUUAUGUUUGCUAUUUUAAUGUUGAUCAAUUUCAAUUAAAUUUACUUGAAGUAUUAGAAUUGUGUUGAAUUAGUCUGAUUCCGAAUUUUAAAAACAGUUCUAAAUUAAAGGAGCUUUAUUUAUUUCAAUACGUAUAGCGUUAGAAAAGUCUCCAAGUGUAAAGUGAUAUGUAUUUUGCAUAUCCUAAUAUGAAAAGGGGAAAACAUUUGUCUGAGACAGAAUGGCAUCAUUCACAUUAGCUGGGUUUCAUCUAGUGUAUAACUAUUAAAAUGUGGCAUAUUGGUUACAUGAUAUGUUGAUCUUUAAUCGACUGAAGUCACAUAGGUGGUUCAAAUCGGUGUGACCAAGAUCAGCCAUUGGACAAAGAUUGAACAUUAAUCUGACAAUUUUCGUCUAUGUCCACUGCAGUUUAUUUUUAUAUGGAUUGUUAUUAUACCAAUCAAAAUGUGCAUAGUUAAAUUGACAAUAUAUCAAUGACAUAACGAAUAACCGUUUAGUAUGCUCAGUGAGCUACUCACUUUGACAAAAGAGGCUGGGUAUUAGCCUUUAUCGUUAAUUACUCAGCCAUAUCGCGAAAUGACAAGUGUUUAUCUUUGGUUAAACCGAGAUAGUUUACUUAAGAAGAAAAUGCAAUUGAUGUACCAUUUAAUGUCUUUAUAUCCGAAUGAAUGUAUGCAUAUUUAUAAAAAAUUAAAUAAAAACAGAUUCAUUUACACGAGAAUUUUAAUUAUUCCUAAUUAACUAUUCAAUAAUCUUCAUUGGUAGUUUUGUUAUAGAUUCUAUCAUUUUGUGACAUUUUAAGAUUUAUAUCGCUCGUCUAAUGAUAUUGCAUCGAAUCCUUUGUUUAAUAAUUUACAAAUUAUAAAAAACGCAAUUGCUGCGUCAGAAGUGCGUGUGAUUGUACAUAUAUGACCUUAUAAUUGCAAUAGUAAUGUUAUAUAAAUGUGUUUUAUGCGAAUCUACAUAAACCGUUGUUGUUAAAGCUUUUCUGAAUUAUAUCACUUCAAGUUUGUUGUAUGUCUGUUUAUGUUUAUAACGCAUAUUAGUAUACAUCAACUAUUACGAUAAUACAUGCAGUCGUGUUACAGUUUUGAACCAACGACCCUGUUUAUCUUUAUUUUUUAUUCACACAACAUAUAUGACUAUGUAAUAUGCUUAUUUGUUUUAUUCUGUUUUCUAUGUUAUGUGCGAGUUUGCGUAGUAACAAAACUGCUGAAAUAGACAUGCUUUAUAUGGGCAAUUAAAAAAAACGUCACUGUU